AUGUCCAGCUAUCCCACCAACAUCCGGCCAUCUCAAGAUGAGGUGAGAAACAAGCAAUUGACACCUCAAAACCUCGAGAUUGCCAUUCGCAGUCUCUAUCAUGACGGACUGGUGGUGGUAGAAGACGCCAUUCCGCACGAUUCCCUCGACCGUCUAAACACCAAAAUGGUCCAAGAUGCACGCUUCCUCCAAAGCAAGAAAGAGAACAGCCCAUACAACUACAACCCGGGUAAUAUCCAGCAAGACCCACCUCCGGCACGGGAAUACUUCGAUACAAACAUCUUCCUAAACCCCAUCGCCACACAAAUCACCACGGCUGCACUAGGGUCCCGGCCCAAAUGGACCUUUUUUUCGGGAAAUUCAGCGAUGCCACCGACCGAAGAACAUCCCCCAAUGUCGCAGCCUGUGCAUUCAGAUGCCGAUUUUGACCACCCGACGCACCCUUUCGCCUACGUCGUGAAUAUCCCGCUCAUCACGAUGACGCCCGAGAAUGGCUCCACGGAACUAUGGCUAGCAACGCAUAAAGAUUCAGGACUGCAUGUACAAGAAGGGAUGCAUGGCGAGCGAGCCAGUGGACGAAUCAAAGCAGAUGCUUUAGAGAAGCAAAGAGCAAUUCGCCCACCAUCGCAGCCAAUAGUACCCAAAGGCUCGUUUGUUCUCCGCGAUCUCCGACUCUGGCAUGCCGGGAUUGGAAACCAGACCGAUGUAGUCCGGAUCAUGCUGGCGAUGAUCCACUUUGCCCCGUGGUACCGCAACCGGAUGCGGUUGGAGCUGUCGGACAGCCUCCGGCCGGUCAUUGAGGAGCAGAAGGAUCUAGAUAUUCCGGUCACCUGGGUGAGUGAGGCGGAAGCCUUGUCGAGGUAUCUGAACCGGGGAUUUGGCAAUGAAUAUGACUUUAGCCAGAGUUGA